UGCUCAGUUGCUUCGAUUGUGGACAUGGAGAGAAACCUGCAUAGGAUUAGCCGCCAAGGCACUGCUAUCGCUCCUCUCUCUCUUUUUUUUCACCUGAAAGAAUCUCAUUGCUCAAUCUCAUUCUCACCACUUUUGGAGGAAUCAUUUUUUAAGGAAUCAAAGUGUAACUACAUAUAUUGGAACGAGUUCGCAAACCGUUUGCCCUCCGCUUUCCUUUUGGGCGGAAAUGCCCUCGGCCUUCUCGCUGCCACCGCCGGCGGUACAGCCCACGGCGCGCCGCGACAACCGCAAGCUUCCGCGGUUCGCCGCCUCCGCCUCGGUACCUCCACCAAUGGCGAUGGGAGCCGGCGAUAUAUUCCGCCACGGUGCCUUCGAGAUGCCCCCCACGCCGGCGGCAGGGAUCGAAUGUACGCUGCAAUCUCCCGAAUAUACUCCGCGGCCCGUAGCCGGCUCGAGGCCUUCAUAACCGCUCUCCCGGGCGGCCGCGAUGGCUGCGGCGGCAGCAGGAGGGGCUCGCAUCGGCAGAAGCGGCGGCGGCGGUGGAGGAGUCCUUUCAGUACCCCGCUAGGCUCGCCCAUGUCGAUGUCGUCCAUCAUCGGCGCAGGGGACGACCAGGUCACCCCCGCGUCGUCGUCGGCGGCCUAUGCCACCCCUCAGGGCGGGGCCAUGACGCCUUCCAAGGCGCUGUCGUCGCCGCUGCCGCCGCCGCAGAUGGUCGUGGUGGCGCUGGACGCCACGCGGGACCACCGGGAUGACGAGAUCAAGACGGCGCUCAGGGGGUUGGUCGACCGAGGUGACAUACUCCGCGCUGGGGAUUCGCUGCUCGUACUCGGCGUGCUCCACUCCAUCACCCAUCCGAUGGGAUACCAAGCCAAACCAUGUACUGAAUCAUUUUCCGGGACAAGCGACAGAUACCUAGGUGAUCAGGUAGCGAAAGUAGCUGAAAUCUACAAAAGUAAGCUUCACCAAGUUGCAGAGGCAUUCCGCAAAGUUGGGAUUACUGUGACCCUCAAGGUAACACCUGGAGCACCUGCAAAGAUUGUCAUUAUCAAUGAAGUAAAUUCCAGCAAAGCUGCUUGGGUUGUCCUAGAUAGGCACUUCAGGAGAGAUUUCAGACACUUAGAAAAGCACAUAGUUUGUAAAGUUGCGGCAUUUCAGGAUCACUUACAAGUGCAAACCUUGAAGCCAAUAUGGUCGAACCCAUCAAGCAAAAGCACAGCUGAAGUGAAGGACCUGCAACGCUUCGCGGUCACGAGUGAUCUGAGUUCAGAGACACAGAGUGCUACUCAGAAAGUGUCAAACAUGUCCUCACCUGUAAGCUACUUUGCCUCUCUAACGAACCAUGAUAUCCACGAGACCUCCAGUGUGGCUGCAUGCGGUAUGCCAUACUUGAGUGGCAUAUCUCUCACAAUCGACGAUACGCAAUCCCUGUCUAAUGGAAAAUAUGAAGAACAAAUGACUUCCCAAUAUGAUUCAUCAGAGAGACCGAUUUUGUGCAUUGGCUGUGGUCUAAAAUCAGUUCUUUACAUAAAGGAAUCCAUGAAAUUCCCAUUCUCAGAGAUUCAAGCUGCAACGUUAGACUUCUCAAACGAGAAUUUGCUGGGUGAGGGUGGAUUUGGGCAUGUGUACAAGGGCCAGCUCAAGGAUGGUCAGGUUAUUGCAGCCAAGUUGCGCAAAGAAGCAAGCACACAGGGCUAUACUGAGUUCUUCUCGGAAGUGCAAGUUCUCAGUUUUGCCCGGCACCGGAAUAUCGUCAUGUUGCUUGGUUACUGUUGUAAAGAAAGCUACAACAUCUUGGUGUACGAGUAUAUAUGCAACAAUUCCCUUGAGUGGCAUUUAUUUGACAAGUCGGCAAGCUUACUAGAGUGGCACAAGAGGCAUGCUAUUGCUAUCGGUAUAGCAAAAGGACUGCGAUUUCUACAUGAGGAGUGUCGUGCUGGUCCAAUCAUUCAUCGGGAUUUGCGCCCAAGCAAUGUAUUGUUGACACAUGACUUUGUUCCUAUGCUUGGUGACUUUGGUCUUGCAAAAUGGAAGGCUGGCAAUGACUCCAUUGAGACAAGGAUUCUGGGUCAAUCAGGAUACUUGGCGCCUGAGUAUGCUCAAUAUGGCAUGGUUUCUGUCAGAACAGAUGUAUACGCCUUUGGGAUUGUUCUUUUCCAGCUAAUAUCUGGUAAAAAGGUGCUUGAUGAAUAUGAAGGACAGUGCACACAUAUACUGCAAUGGGCCGAGCCAUUGGUCGAGAGCCUUGCACUUCACGAACUAAUUGAUGAGCGCAUCAAAGAUACAUAUGAUACAUAUGGGUUGUAUCAUCUAGCCAAAGCUGCAUAUCUUUGUGUCAGGGCAAACCCAGAGCAGCGGCCUUCUAUGGGAGAGGUUGUUCGCCUUAUUGAGACAGAAAAUGAGCAUAUCAGGGACCUGUCACGACAAUUCAUCCCUCAUUUCAUGAAGUGAUGUAGUAAUAGAAGGGGAUUUUGUGGUGUGAGCUGACUAGUAAAGUAUCUGUGCUGCGUUGCCACUAGGACAAAGUAAAAUCCAUCUUUUCACAUUCUCGUUGGUGACACUGUAACACUUCUUGGCUUCUCGCUCUCUUUUGCCUCUCUUCCUUUUCUGCACCCUUAUUUUGUUCGCUUCUUCUACCCAUACAACUGUGUGUACCUGGGGAAUUACUUCGCCCCCUUUUUGUUUCUUCUUUCUUAUCAUUGUAAAUGAAAUUCCAUCUUCUUGAAGUGUUGUCCUUUCGUC